UUUUUCUGUUUUUAAAUGAAGUCCUGAGAAUCCAUAAAGCCUGAAGGAAUCAUUUCAACACAGGUCUGAUCCGACGGCUUCAGAGUUUGCUCUUUUAUUUAGUUUCAGGACAAAGGUUCUCUUCAUGGUUUUAGUUAAUUUAUUAACAGAUUCAGAGUGAAGCAUUGAACAGACCUGCAGUAAACAGAGUUUAAACCUGAACCGGUUCAGCUGCAGGUCUGAGCACGCUCAGACCGGUCCGACCGCCCAGCUGGAGCUAAAAAACAAACUCAGCUCAGAGAAUUUAUCUGCUGAAUCCCAGAGAAACAUUCCGUCUGUUCUAGUUUCUGUUGUUGAUUUUAAGAGGAACGUCGGCUCAGAACGAAGCUGCAUGAAAUCUGGAACAUUCCGUUUGUCUGCAGCUUUAAAAGACUCAGAGAUGAAAUAGUGACAAAGUUCUAGAGUAGACCUACUGACAAAUGUCCAGUAGGUCUACUCUAGAACUUUCUCCAGGGGACGUUCUCCUCUAUGGACUUGAAGGACCUGGAACUCUGGAGAUAUUCCCAGUCUGAAGGUAGAACUCUGAUCACUGAUAAUGUUGCUGCAGAACCAGAUGGUUCUGAGGAGGUUCUGGUUCUGUUAGAAAUGCUCUGAAGACCAGUUAGAACUUUGACUUUCAUAAACGUUUCCUCCUGAAGAUCCAACCAUGAGGUGGUUCUGUCUGAUCUUCAUGCUGUCCAUCUGCAGAGCAGCACAAGACUUCAGGAUCUGUUCUUACAACGUCCAGAACUUCAACAUGCAGAAGGCCUCCAACUACAAACUGAUCCACACUCUGACCCGGGUGGUGUCUCGCUGUGAUGUUUGUCUGCUGCAGCAUGUGGUGGAUUCAGAUGGAAAAGCCGUCAACAAGCUGCUGGCUGCUCUGAACAGGGAAACCAACAGGUACGACGACUUCACCUACAAGGCGGUGUCCAGUCAGAGUCUAGGAAACUCUCCUGGUGACAUGCAGCAGUACGUCUUCAUCUACAGAACCGAGACUGUGAACCUGACGGGUCAGCACCAGUACUCCAGCAAACAGUCCUUCGUCAGAGAACCGUUUGUUGUUCAGUUCCAGAGCAACAGAACCGCAAUCAAGGAGUUUGUUCUGGUUCCGCUUCACUCCGAGCCCAGUAAGGCGGUCCACGAGAUCGACCGGCUCUACGACGUCUUCCAGGAAGUCAGCAAGAAGUGGAACAACAAGAAUGUGAUGUUCCUUGGAGAUUUCCACGCCAGCUGUGCCUACGUCACCAGAAGCGACCGCAAGAAAAUCCGACUUUUCAAGAACCCAAACUUCUCCUGGUUGAUCGGAGACAAAGUCGACACGACGGUGACGGACGACACCAACUGUGCUUACGACAGGAUCGUGGUCCACGGAGAACCCUUCCUGAAGGCCAUCAGACCGUUUUCUGCUCAAGUCUUCAACUUCGCCAAGGACUUCAAACUGUCCCAGACCAGGGUUCUCGAGGUGAGCGAUCAUUUCCCCAUUGAGGUGAGACUGAAAAGCUCCGCCCCCUUCCUGCUCCAGGCCUCGCCCCUCCUGCUGCUCCUGUUGUCUGUGAUUGGCCAGUUCGUCCUGUGACGUCCGAAAAGAACGUUUUUAUCCAGAUGAGGUUCUCGUUGGUUCUGUGUGGUCUCAGGUGUCUUUAAGCGAGUUUCUGUUUUUGGUUCCUCACAGCGGAGAGGAACCGAAGCUUCAGGAGGUUUAAAGUUGCAGAACUGAAGCUGUGAGUUUCUGUUUAUCCAACACUCUUUAAACAUGAGCUGUGAUGUCAGCAGGUUAUUACCCAUAAUGCCGUUCAGCAGUGGAACACUCUACUUGUGGACUGUUGGUUUUAGUUUCCUGCUUUCUGUGGUUCCACUUCCUGUGUUUGUGGCUCAGGUCUGUCCAGAAGCUGCUGUAAAUAUUCACAAAAUGUCGGAAUUCGUUUGUGUUUUUAUAAUGCUCAAUAAAGUUUAUUAUGUUUGAAUUUAAA